CUGAUUCCUGCUUUGCUAAGAUGCCCACUAGGGUAAAGAUGGUGACACAUCGAUGUGGAAAUUAGAGGACAAUGAUGACUGAGUACUUCAGAAAAUAUCAAGCCAGUACGUACUAGCUAGUAGGCCAAGUCAUGCAUGGAGAUACUGUCAAUAACUACUAGUAUCUCCGGUAUUCUAUUCAGUUGCCUAAUGAAAACCAUCAAUCAGUCCGACAAUACGAAGAUAACAAUACUGAAACAACCGCCACCUAACGGACUUUAUCAAACAAUGGCUAUAAGUAAGAAUAGUUCAACACAAACAACAUGUGCAUGGCGUUUAGUUUUCUCAAGGGAAACUCAAAAGCACAAAAGUUUGCGAUAAUCCACCUCUGAGCCCGGGCUCAUAUGAGCCCAGUGAACAGUAACACCGUAAAAAAUAGAAAAAAAUCUAAAAAAUCCGAAUUUUUUUUGCAAGCAAGAUGUGCAUGUGCAUGAUGUUCAUGCAAAAUUUGAUGAAGUCUGGACAUUCUAGGAGCGCGCGCCAAAAAAGACAAAAUCAGGUGUGAACAGUGCUGUUUUCAAAUGUUUCUCACAGUCCUGAUUUUUUUUGCCACGAGCUCAUCGAAUGUCCAAACUUUAUGAAAUUUUGCAUGAACACCAUGCAUUUGACCAUCUUGCAUCACAAAAAAAAACUAUUUUUAACGCCGGUACUGUUCAGAUGAGCCCGGGCACCAAAUCGCCGCUCUCAAAAGUUUGCUAUACAAUGGUUAAUGGUUAAAUAACUAAAACAGGAUACAUAAUUGGUCUUGUGUGAAGAAGAUUAUGAACGCUAAAGUUAAGAUAUACAGAUCGUGCAAAAUCUAAAGCUGCAGCACGUAUGCACCUUGGUUUUACUUGGAAUGAAGACGAAAAACUUUUCCUUUUUUGAACUUAUGAAGACGAAAAACUUGUGUGAACCAGAUAAGGUCGUUGAAGAAAAAAAAGAACCUCAUUGGAGGUCCCAUGAGUAGGUAGGUUUUUGAUUUGACGGAAGACAUUGUUGUAUUAGUAGUGACCACUGUCUACUUAGUUAGCAUUGUCUCACAUUCAAUUAUUAGUUUAACAGUACUAUUUUUGGAUUAUGCAAGUGUGGGCCUAUUAGCCUCUUUCUAUGUCUUAUUUGUAAAUAGUAACUGGCAGUAUCCUUUACGCACAAUGUUCCAUUAGUUGACAUCAUGCCAACCAACCCAAUACCUUAACUAUAGCAAAACAAUGUGUACACUCUGGACCCGCAUGACAAGUUUGUCUUCUCAGUCUAGUUUUCAAUAGUUCAGGUCAGCAUCUAACAUAAUUGGUCUAUGUGCUAAUGCACAUCGUCAUCUAGUUAAAAAGCAAAGCAUUUGGAACUUAAGCUGCCUUACCACUCUCUAAUCUCUGCACAUCCAUACCCAAAGCAGACCUCCCCGGAGAGGAGAAAAAUGGCUGCACUGCUCUUUCUAGCCCUUCUUUCAUCUCUCUCCUUCCACCUUUGCUCUUGCGUUUCUGCUUCCCCAUGGCAGACCAUGACCACCGGCUCAUACAUGAGACCAGAAGACCAUGACAGAAUCUUUCUCCUCUCACCAGACACCACCUUCUCCUGCGGCUUCCAUCGAGUUGGGACAAAUGCUUUCACCUUCUCCAUCUGGUACACCGCCAUGAAAACGGUUGUCUGGACGGCAAAUCCCUACUCCGCAGCAAAUGGCUACUAUUCCCCGGUGAACCUUCACGGCUCCAGAAUAUCGCUGAACCAGGAUGGAAACCUGGUCCUGGCAGAUACAAAUGGCUCCAUGGUAUGGGAAAGCAAGACAUCUUCAGGUAAGCACACAAUUGUUUCCCUGCUCGACACUGGCAACCUUGUAAUCAAUGAUUCGAGCAAUAAAGUCGUAUGGCAGAGCUUUGAUUCACCAACAGACACCUUGCUCCCUUGGCAGAAACUCAAGAAAGACAUAAGGUUAGCCUCUGGUUACCAUCACCUCUACUUUGACAACGACAAUGUCUUGCGCCUGUUGUAUGAUGGCCCAGAUAUUACAAGCAUCUACUGGCCAAGUCCAGAUUACGAUGCACAGAAAAAUGGGCGCAAUAGAUAUAACAGCACCAGGGUCGCAUUUCUGGACGACAAGGGUAAUUUUGUGUCAAGUGAUGGGUUUAAAAUAGUGGCUUCAGAUUCAGGCCCUGGGAUCAAGAGGAGGAUUACAAUUGAUCAUGAUGGCAAUUUUAGAAUGUACAGCUUGGAUGCGUCAGCAAGGAAAUGGGUGGUUACAGGGCAGGCUGUAAUACAGAUGUGCUAUGUGCACGGAUUGUGCGGCAAGAAUGGGCUUUGUGACUACUCAGAAGGCCUUAAAUGUAGAUGUCCUCCAGAAUAUGUGAUGGUUGAUCCAACAGACUGGAACAAGGGAUGCAAACCAACAUUCACAAUUGGCAGCAAUCAACCACAUGAUAACUUUACAUUUGUUAAGCAACCUCAUGCAGACUUCUAUGGCUUUGAUCUGGGUUCUAAUCAAUCCAUCUCAUUUGAAGCAUGUUGGGACAUUUGCCUCAACAGCAGCUCAUGUAUAUCUUUCACAUACAAGGGUGGAGAUGGUUGGUGUUAUACUAAAAACAUACUCUACAACGGUCAGGUGUACCCAUAUUUCCCAGGAGACAACUACAUGAAAGUACCAAAGAGUUUCAAUGGUUCAGCGUCCUCGAUCUCCAAACAGGAAGGCCUAACCUGCAGACCCAGUGGUUCAGAGAUUAUGCUAGGAUCAGCAAAUAUGUAUGGAAUCAAGAAGGACAACAUAAAGUGGAUAUACUUAUAUGUCUUUGGUGCAAUACUGGGAGUUCUAGAGUUGCUUGUCAUUGUGACAGGAUGGUGUCUUUUUUUCAGAAAGAGUAACAUGCCCAAAUCAAUGGAGGAUGGAUACAAGAUGAUAACAAACCAGUUCAGGCGGUUUACAUACCGAGAAUUGAGGGAAGCAACUGGAAAGUUCAAAGAAGAGAUUGGGAGAGGGGGUGCUGGAAUUGUUUACAGAGGAGUACUUGAAGAUAAGAAAAUAGUGGCAGUAAAGAAACUCACAAAUGUCCAACAGGGAGAAGAGGAAUUCUGGGCAGAAGUGACUCUAAUUGGAAGGAUCAAUCACAUAAAUUUGGUCAGGAUGAUGGGAUUUUGCUCAGAAGGGAAAAACAGAUUAUUAGUAUAUGAGUAUGUGGAGAAUGAGUCACUGGACAAGUACCUCUUUGGCGAGAGAAGUACUGAAAGUCUGCUCGAUUGGAACCAAAGGUACAAGAUCGCUGUGGGUGCAGCAAGGGGUCUUGCUUAUCUUCAUCAUGAAUGCCUUGAGUGGAUCGUCCAUUGUGACGUGAAGCCAGAAAACAUACUCCUAACUCGAGAUUUCGGUGCCAAAAUAGCAGACUUUGGACUAGCCAAGCUUGCGAAGCGAGACAGCGCUAGCUUCAAUUUCACCCAUAUGAGAGGCACAAUGGGCUACAUGGCACCAGAAUGGGCAUUGAAUACCCCGAUCAAUGCGAAGGUUGAUGUUUACAGCUACGGUGUUGUGCUUCUGGAGAUUGUGACUGGAGCUAGGGUUUCAAGUGGCAUAAUGGUCGACGGAAGACAAGUGGAGUUUCCAGACUUCAUCCAGGAGGCCAAACAGAUUCUGGCUACUGAGAGGAUCACUGAUCUAGUGGAUCCCAGAUUGAAAGGGAAUUUCGAUCUAGAGCAGGCAACUGCAAUAGUGAGAAUAGCUGUUGCAUGCCUUGGAGGUAGAUGCGAGAGGCCGACAAUGGACGAGAUUCUGAAGGCUCUUAUGUCAUAUGAUGAUGAAGACGACCAUCCUGCCUAUUCAUAUUGACAUUAAAUGCAACUGAUGUAAAUAUUUGAGCUGUGCACACUGUUUGUUGGCUCUGUUGACGUUAUAAGCUAAUAGGCAUAAGUAGAUAAGAUGCAAUAGGUGAAUUGUUGUGUGCAUUGGCAGGAACCUAUUGUAAAAUGGUAGCAGGUUGUUGUGUUUCAAAUCAACAAAUAAACAGCAUGAUGGGCUGAUAUUUCCUUGCAUAACGGCACCGAGUGUUCUUCUCAUAACAGCAAUGCUUUCUUUUUAUCAACAAAUUUGGUGGGAGCAACUCAGUUACUACAUCUCUGUAAACGCUAUCAACAUCGUAAGGUAGGUGGUUUAUUUUCACAAACACCAAAUUUCAUGUCUCUAGUCUCUCCAUUGUGACUGACUACAUGUUUUUUUUUGUUACCACUAUGGUGAUGUCUUCCCCACCGUCACCAGGUCAACUAAUCAAGGGCACUAAUGCUACGGCCAGGCACUAACAUGAGAAUCCAUCCAUUUCUGCAAACAGACACGAAAACUAUAAUAAGUCUGCACAAGAUCAGCUAAAAGUAUUAAGAUAUGCAUAGACUUGGACGGUUGGACCCUAACUAGGAAC